GAGUGGAGCUCUGGAUGGCCCCCUCCAGCUCCUGAUUCAUCACUGUUCAAUCUGGCCGAGGAACACACUUUUAAAGACCCUGGGAAGAUACCCGGGGAACCUGAGGUGGUGAUUCACCAGAUUAGAAUUACUCUAACCAGCUGCAACGUGCAGUCAUUGGAGAGGGUACGUGCUGACCUGCUCAGAGGCGCAAAGGAAAAGAAUCUUGUCGUGAAAGAACCAGUUCGGAUGCCUACCAAGACUCUGAGAAUCACUACAAGAAAAACUCUUCGUGGUGAAGGUUCUAAGACUUGGGAUUGUUUUCAGGUGAGGAGCUGCAGGCGACUCAUUGAUUUGCACAGUCCUUCUGAGAUUGUUCUGCAGAUUACUUCCAUCGGUCUCAAGCCAGGAGUCGAGGUUGAAGUCACCAGUGCUGACGCUUAAAUCAGCUUUUUGAAUGAACUGAUUAUCGGUUGUUACAAAAA